AUGGCAAUUGGUAUCCGGCACCCUGAAAUUCAACCCCUUGCAGUCGCCGCCGCUCCAUGUCGUUAUGAUACAGCUACUGGAACGAGGACGCAUCGUUGGGAGCCCGUGCUAGUAACGGCAAAAGAAUCGUCCGCGCCGCCGCAGGUGUCAGUUUCAUACAUGUCAAAUACGGCUAAGCGGUUGGACCCGUUAUUUGCUGACUGGCUAUUACUGUUACUCGAGGUGGUGGAAGAGGGAGGAUUCGUCGUAGUGGAUGUCGGAUUGUUGUUGGUGGUGGUCGUCGUCGUGGAUGGAGUUGUAGUAUUAGUGCCACUUAGCGACGAUGCUGAGGGUGUUGGUGAUGAUGAUGAUGAUGAUGAUGAUGAUGAUGAUGAUGAUGAUGAUGAUGAGGAGGAGGAUAAAGCCGAGCCGCUGUCAUUUUCAACUCAGUCCCAUCAGUCCAGCCGACAAUAUUGA